AUGAGUGAUGGGGGUAAACGAAAGAAUGAUGACAAAAAUGAUGAUGGCUCUUUAAAGAAGAUCAAAUUAGAUCCUACCCAUUUAAAACCUUGUCAGACUUUAUAUAUCAAAAAUCUAAACGACAAGAUUAAUCCAAAAGUAAUGAAACAUAAUUUAUAUCUAUUAUUUUCCACAUAUGGCGACGUCAUUCAAAUACAUAAUCGUAAACGAGGACAAGCCCAUAUCGUAUUCGGUGAUGUUGAUAGUUCCAGCUUAGCAUUACGAAGUUUACAAUCUGAUGUAUUUUUCGAUAAACCAUUGGUGAUUAAUUAUUCCAUCAAUGAAUCAAGUAUCAUUACUAGACUUAAGAGACAACAAGAAAUAAUUGAAAAUGAAGAAUAG